AUGUGCAAAUUACCCUCACCCAGUACUGAAGGUCUCAUCCGGCUAAUUAAUAUGGCCUGCGCGGGACCCGAUAGGGACCUUCCAGGUGUAGUGGCUAUGGUCGUGGAUAAAAACGGCGACCAAGUAUUUGCCCACGCCGCUGGACAGCGCGGCCACGGCCAUGACCAUCUUGGGGUCAUGCAAAUUGACACCUUAUUCUGGAUCGCGUCCUGCACAAAGCUGAUCACUGGUAUCGCGUGUAUGCAGCUUGUCGAGCGGGGCGUGCUGACACUCGACGAUACCGAAAUCGUACAACGCCACUGUCCAGAGCUUCGCCAUGUGCGUGUUCUCCAGCCAGACGGUCGCUUGGUUGAGAAGCAGAGGGAUAUCACGUUGAGGAUGCUAUUAAGUCAUACAGCUGGGUUUGGAUACUCAUUCAUCGACGCCAAUCUGCGGGAUCACAACAGGCCACCUGGCGAGGCCUGGGAGUAUGGGAUCGGGGUGGAUUGGGCCGGGUUCCUCCUCGAGCGAGUUACCGGUCAGACCUUGCACGAGUAUAUGCAACAGCACAUCUUCCAACCUCUCAGGUUAAUUCACAUUUCAAUGGUCCCCAAUGAAGCGAAUCAGGCCAAAAUGGCCUGCAUGCAUCAGCAAGAUAGCAAUGGCCAGCUAUAUGUUCGGAAGGAGCACCCCUUUCAACGCUCACUUGCCAUCGGUCAGAAUCCCAAUGACAGCCCAUCAUCCUUUUGCUUCAGUGGCGGAGCGGGAUGUUUUUCAACGGCACAUGAUUACUGUCGAAUCUUAUCGACCCUCCUCAAUAGCGGCACCUGUCCUCUAACCGGAACACAGCUACUUUCCAGGGAGACUGUGGACGAGAUGUUCCGCAACCAGAUCCCUCAUCUGGCCCCGCUCAAUAGAAAGCAUAUGCCGGCUGCGAAGCCCGAGCUCACGACGGCUGCGACUGGGGGUGGGGGUCUGACUUUCCUCCUGAGUGGAGGUGAUACAGGUCGCUCGAUCGGGACAGCCCAGUGGACGGGACUGCCAAAUCUCCGAUGGUGGUGUGAUCGGGAGAAUGGGCUGGCCGGUAUUUUUUGCGCCCAGAUUCUACCGUUCGGCGAUCUGAAGGCGUUUGCUCUGGCAGAGGAAAUCGAGAGGCAGGUUUAUGCAGGGUUAAGCGAGGCUCGGAGGGGAAGACCUUGCUAG